UGGUGAGGGGAAAUGUCCUUGUGCCCAGAGAGCUGUGAGGAUGGGAGAAGUGUCUGCUCUUUUCAUAUUGAUCCUUUCCCUUAUGACUUUCCUGUCUUCCAAACCCCACAGUACAACAGCCACAGCCUCAGUUUCCCCGGCCUCCUGCAGGCUGGGCUCCCCUACGUGUCCUUGGCAUGUAUCAACAGGCGGAAUCCUCACCUCCACAGCCCCGUGUCUGUCUGCUCGGUCCUCCUGAGACUGAACCCCUGACCUAGGGGAGAGCGACCCCACCCUGCCUGUGCCCCCACUGAAGCUCCUGCUGUGGACAGCUCAAACAUCAGGAGCCUCAGUGUCCCCCCACUGCACAGUGAUUCCUUGGGGACAGUGUCCGGCUCUGCUGUGUUGACCUCAUUGUGCAGAGGGGUUGCCCACCUUGUGGCUGCUGAGGGAGGGAUGAGAGGCUGCCUGUUCACCCCACCUGCACCCCUGUCUCUCAUGGCCCUGAGUCCCACCUCUGAGCUACACAGACAUCCACAGCCUGUGACUCAGGGGUCUGGCCAGAUGGGACUUAUUUUCACCCUGCAGAAAAUGUCACCUAAAGGGAAAGGCAUUGAGAGUCAGGCAGGAGGUGGGAUGGGCCUUGCAUGGGGUGGGAAUCUGGGUGAGUCUGUCUUCUGCUCUGGCCUCAGGAACCCAGGAGUGAACACGGGGUGGUGGAUGGUGGAUCUCCCAGGGCUGACCUAGCCCUGACAGUAUCUGGGUGUGAAGUUCCUCUUCUAAGGAGGUCACUGUUCUGACCUCACCACCAACUUCCUGUGGGGCCUCUUCUAAGUCUUGAGCCCUCACUUUCUGAGACAAGAACCCUGAGGAACAGACGUUCCCUGGCGGCCCUGGCACCUCCAACCCCAGACAUGCUGCUGCUGCUGUUGCCCCUGCUCUGGGGGAGGGAGAGGGUGGAGGGACAGAGGAGUAACUGGAAGGAUUACCCACUGACGAUGCAGAGGUCUGUAACGGUGCAGGAGGGCCUGUGUGUCCAUGUGCGCUGCUCCUUCUCCUACCCAGGGGACAGCCAGACUGACUCUGACCCAGUUCAUGGCUACUGGUUCCAGGCAGGGGAUGAUAUAUACUUGGACGCUCCAGUGGCCACAAACAACCCAGCUCGAGCAGUGCGGGAGGAGACUCGGGACCGAUUCCACCUCCUUGGGGACCCACAGACCAAGAAUUGCACCCUGAGCAUCAGAGAUGCCAGAAGGAGUGAUGCAGGGACAUACUUCUUUCGUGUGGAGACAGGAAAGACAAAAUGGAAUUAUAUGCAUUACCCGCUGUCUGUGCUUGUGACAGCCCUAACACACAGGCCCAACAUCCUCAUCCUUGGUACCCUGGAGUCUGGCUGCCUCCAGAAUCUGACCUGCUCUGUGCCCUGGGCCUGUGAGCUGGGGACGCCCCCUGUGAUCUCCUGGAUGGGGACCUCCGUGUUCCCCCCACACCCGUCCACCACCCGCUCCUCAGUACUCACCCUCAUCCCACAGCCCCAGGACCACGGCACCAGCGUCACCUGUCAGGUGACCUUGCCUGGGGCCGGCGUGACCACGAAUAGGACCAUCCGACUCAAUGUGCCCUACCCUCCUCAGAACUUGACUGUGACUGUCUUCCAAGGAGAAGGCACAGCCUCCACAGCUCUGGGGAACAGCUCAUCUCUUUCAGUCCUAGAGGGCCAGUCACUGCGCUUGGUCUGUGCUGUUGACAGCAAUCCCCCUGCCAGGCUGAGCUGGACCCGGAGGAGCCUGACCCUGUACCCCUCACAGCCCUCGAACCCUCUGGUAUUGGAGCUGCGAGUGCACCUGGGAGAUGAAGGGGAAUUCACCUGUCAAGCUCAGAACUCUCUGGGCUCCCAACACAUUUCCCUGAGCCUCUCCCUGCAACAGGAGUACACAGGCAAAAUGAGGCCUGUAUCAGGAGUGAUGCUGGGGGCGGUCGGGGGAGCUGGAGCCACAGUCCUGGUCUUCCUCUCCUUCUGCAUCAUCUUCACUGUAGUGAGGUCCUGCAGGAAGAAAUCAGCAAGGCCAGCAGCGGGCAUGGGAGAUACAGGCAUGGAGGAUGCAAAUGCCAUCAGGGGCUCAGCCUCUCAGGGUACCUUGAUUGAGUCCUGGGCAGACGACAGCCCCCGACACCAUGGCCUGGCUGCCCCCUCCUCAGAGGAGGAAGGAGAGAUCCAGUAUGCAUCCCUCAGCUUCCAAAAGGUGGGGCCUCAGGACCUAUGGGGACAAGAGGCAACCAACAAUGAGUAUUCAGAGAUCAAGAUCCCCAAGUGAGAAACUGCAGAGACUUGGGCUUGUUUGAGGGUUCACAACCCCUCCAGUAAAGGAGUCUGAGGCCGAUUCCUGUAGAAUUAACAGCCCUCGAAGCUGUGCAACAGGACAUCAGAGCUUAUUCCUCCUAUCUAACUGAAAAUGCAUGCCUGCCUUUCCCAAUCCAAUCAGUCCACACUCCCCGCCCCGGCCUCUGGUACCCAUGAUUCUCCUCUCUACUUCUCUGAGGAUGUCUAUUUUAGAUUCCAAAUAUAGUGAGAUCAUAACGUG